GACGUCGACUUUUAUCUGACGAGAGAAUCGCGACUGACGCAUCAUUUUCAUUCCUGUCUGUAAACAACAAACACGGACGAAAGUUAUUAUGCCUCAACUAAUAACUUAUAAUCACGUCAAUACUGAACUACACAGCAGCCUCUGAUCUGAGAUCCUCAGCAGUUAAAGAGGUUUAAUCCAGAAUGCUAGAGACUGUGACUCAUGGGGGAAGUUCGCUCCAUUUUGCCAACACCAGUGUGUUUCCCACCGUGGACAACAGCUCUGACUUCAACCCUGACCAUGAGCACAACAUCACCAAACCACACAAAUGCCUGCAGAUCCUGUACGACGACAUCGGACACUCCAGGGUUCGUUACUGGGACGUGAUGCUGCUCGUCCCAAACGUGGCCUUCCUCUUCUUCCUGAUCUGGAAGCUCCCUUCUGCUCGCGCUAAGAUCCGUCUGACCUCCAGCCCCAUAUUCGUGGCCUUUUAUAUCCUGGUGUUCGUGGUGGCGGCUGUAGGAAUCACUCGUGCCAUCGUCUCCAUGACCGUCAGCACAUCCAGCGCCGCCACACUCAUAGACAAGGUGCUUUGGGAAAUUACACGCUUCUUUUUAUUGGCUAUUGAGCUCAGCGUCAUCAUACUCGGACUGGCUUUUGGUCAUCUGGAGAGCAAGUCCAGCAUCAAGCGUGUGUUGGCCAUCACUGCGGUCCUGGCUCUGGGAUACUCCAUCACACAGGGGACUCUAGAGAUCCGUUUCCCGGACAAACAUCUCUCCGCUAAAGACUUCAACAUCUACGGUCACGGCGGGAGACACUUCUGGUUGGCCAGCUCCUGUUUCUUUUUCUUGGUGUAUUCCCUGAUAGUCAUCCUUCCUAAAACUCCAGUCAGGGAGCGGAUCUCGUUGCCAUCCAAGAGAGGUUUUUACGUGUACGCUGCAAUCCUGUCGCUGCUGAAUCUGGUUCAGGGUUUGGGAAGCGCUCUGCUGUGUGCCGACAUCAUCGAAGGCCUGUGCUGUGUGGAUGUGACCACAUUCCUGUACUUUUCCGUCUUUGCUCCUCUGAUCUACGUGACGUUCCUCAAAGGAUUCUUCGGUUCGGAGCCCAAGAUCCUCUUCUCCUACAAGUCCCAAAUCGAUGAGCCGGAAGACUCGGAUGUUCAUCUUCCCAACACCUCGUCCUCGGGCCUGGGCCGGAAGGAUCUGGACCACGGCUCGUACUCCAGCACACAGAUCGACGGCUCCGGAUCGUAUCUGGACGACGUGGUGUCGGGGCCCUACAGCGGAGCACACAGCAUCAACAGCAUCGACUCGGACCGCUGGAGGGCCCUCAACGCCUGAACACACACACACACACACACUUGAGCUCAGUCUGUCAUGUGCGGCCAUGAAUCUCACAUUCCUUGUAAAACACCAGUGCUCUUAAUUCUACAUCCGUGCACUCGGAGCUGAACCGAGGGCAGGUUUAUUGGACUUUGUGAUGUGUGUAAUCCAAUAGAUUUCUGCUGAAACCGUAAUCAAUCGCUGUUAGCUUAUCUCUAGGUGAUUUCAGACUAGUUUCUGAGUUAUGCUACUGAUACCGGCGAAACGUUUGCUUCUAUUUUGACGCUUGUGUAUAUUUUGCACUGAUUUGGCUCAUUUGCUUUGCUAAUUUGAAAGCUUAGGGGUGCUGAAAUACUUUCAUGUGGACCGAGCGUACAUCUAGACAUCCGUAAAAGCAUUUAUUUCUUAGUGCUAUGUCGUAGGUUUGAAAAUAUGAUUUUUUUUGUUUUGGAUUUUUAUUUAUUUUUAGUUAUCUGAUGAAUUUUAGGCUUGGGCUCAGUUCUUAAAGUGACCGCUUAUAUUGCGAUCUUGACCUUUGUCCAUCUUUCUUAUUGAUAAUGAAAAUGAAACCAAACGGCUCAAGUCAGGUUUGUCGUAAUGUCGUGAAGGAAAAAGGACCAAACUUGCAAAAAGCAUUUGAACUGCUUUGUUUUAUUUGAUGUUGAAGUUAAUUACAACACAACUAUUUUUGGUGCACAGAAAAAAAGAAAA